GGGGGGGGGGGACACACAUUAAAAAGGCAUUGCUUUUCGAGGUUACGCGCAAAUAUCGCGGUGCCGUGAGGUCGUAGGAAGGAGAUUAUCCAGGAUAGGAGCGGGCGAGCCGCGACGGGCUGGAAACGGAGCACCAAUCCCGGAUGGCUAGGCGCGGCUGGUCGCGCUCUCUUCCACCCUGACCCGGGAGAGACACGCGAGGACCACGGGGAAGCUCCGGGACUUCACAUGGACGAGAGCCGGUCUACCUGCAUUUCCCCUCAGAGCUGUUUAUACCGCUUUCUGUUUCCGCGGUAACAGGAAUUUUGUGUGGCUCACGAGACCAGUCGUAAACAAACAAGGCAACCGCCUCGGUGGGAGAGAGUUCAUCAGGCGACCCCCGAAGGGUGUGAGUCCGCAUUAUUUCUGCGUUUUGCAGCGUGUUAGAGAUAGUCAGCUGCCCUGUUGGCGUCUCUGCGCGCGUGUGUGGAUAACGAGCUGUUCUGAUAUGGCUGUACUAGACUGAGAGUCCAAGGAGCCAGCGGCAUUAUGGGAUGUAGCAGGACUGUGCAGUGACCCCGCUCAUUGGAAGGAAACACUCUGUGUACAGGAGCAGGAACAGGCAGACUAGCCUACACACACACACACACACACACACACACACACACACACACACACACACACACACACACACACACACUCAUCCCUUUACGCACACACUCUUCCCACUAGCCAUGCCUGUGUUCAGUGGCCUGUUGAAGGUGCGGGUAUGUGAGGCGGUUGACCUGAAGCCCACUCCAUGGGCGCUGCGUCAUGCUGUGGGGAAGACCGGCUCCUUCCUACUGGACCCCUACCUGGCUCUGAACUUGGACCAGACUCGACUAGGUCAGACCGCCACCAGAACCAAGACCAACAGUCCCGUUUGGCACCAGGAGUUCUGCACUGAGGUGCGUGAGGGAAGGAGCCUGGAGCUGUCUGUUUUUCACGAUGCACCCAUUGGGUAUGAUGACUUUGUGGCCAACUGCACAAUCCAGCUGGAGGACCUGCUGCAGAAAGGAACCAGGCACUAUGAAGACUGGAUCGACUUGGAGCCAGAGGGGAAGGUGUACGUGGUCAUUGAUCUGUCCGGAUCCUCCACUGAGGCUUCAGGGACUAAUGAGAAUGAGGAGCGCGUGUUUCGCGAGAGGAUCGGCCCUCGCCGGCGACAGGGCGCCGUCCGUAGGCGCGUCCAUCAAGUCAAUGGACACAAGUUCAUGGCCACCUACCUUAGACAGCCGACCUACUGCUCACACUGCAGAGAUUUCAUCUGGGGCGUGCUGGGAAAGCAGGGAUACCAGUGUCAGGUGUGCACGUGUGUCGUCCACAAACGCUGCCAUGAGCUGAUCAUCACCAAGUGUGCCGGCAUGAAGAAGCAGGAAGACACACCUGAGGAGGUGGGUUCACAGCGGUUCAGUGUUAAUAUGCCCCAUAAGUUCAGUAUCCACAACUACAAGGUCCCCACUUUCUGUGACCACUGCGGCUCCCUGCUGUGGGGCCUCAUGAGGCAGGGCCUGCAGUGUAAAGUGUGUAAGAUGAAUGUGCACAGGCGUUGCGAGACCAAUGUAGCUCCUAACUGUGGUGUGGACGCCCGAGGAAUCGCCAAGGUCCUGUCUGACCUGGGAGUCACACCUGACAAGAUCUCCAACACCGCGCAGCGCAGGAGGAAGUUGACUCCAGGGCAGGACCCUCCCCAGUCUCCUCCUGAGCUCUCUCAGACUGAGGAGAGCAGCUUCAGUCAGCCAGCUGUCCCCACCUCCCCCUCACAACAGGACUUGGCAGAGUUAGAUCGCCUGCAGGACGCGCUGUCGCUCGACCAGCAGGGACCCCAGCACCCCUACCUCACCCAGCUGUACUGCUGCUUCCAGACCCGGGACCGUUUGUUCUUUGUAAUGGAAUAUGUGAACGGAGGAGACCUGAUGUUCCAGAUUCAACGAUCCAGGAAGUUUGAUGAGCCUCGCUCUCGUUUCUAUGCUGCUGAAGUCACCUCAGCCCUCAUGUUUCUGCACCGUAAUGGAGUCAUCUAUAGGGACCUGAAGCUGGAUAACAUCCUUUUGGAUGCAGAGGGCCACUGUAAGCUGGCAGACUUCGGUAUGUGCAAAGAGGGUAUCAUUAACGGAGUCACCACCACCACCUUCUGUGGCACCCCUGACUACAUUGCUCCAGAGAUCCUGCAGGAGCUGGAGUACGGGGCCUCUGUGGACUGGUGGGCGCUGGGGGUGCUGAUGUACGAGAUGAUGGCUGGGCAGCCUCCGUUCGAAGCCGAUAACGAAGAUGACUUGUUUGAGUCGAUUCUCCACGACGACGUCCUCUAUCCCGUGUGGCUCAGCAAAGAGGCUGUUUCUAUCCUUCGAGCGUUCAUGACAAAGAACCCAGCCAAGCGUCUGGGCUGCGUGGUGAGCCAGGGUGCCGAGGAGGCCAUCAAGACCCAUCCCUUCUUCAGAGAGAUCGACUGGGUCCUGCUGGAGCAGCGAAAAGUCAAACCACCCUUUAAGCCCCGGAUUAAGACCAAACGAGAUGUGAAUAACUUCGACCAGGACUUCACAAAGGAGGAUCCCGUGUUGACGCCCACGGACGAGGCCAUUAUUCGACAGAUCAACCAGGAGGAGUUCAAGGACUUCUCCUACUGCGCCCCGGAGGAGACGCAGACCUAACACACACACACACACACACGCACACACACACACACUCACACACAGAUCCACCAACACUAAAUUUCACAUGCACGCAAGCACACAUGCUGACACUCAGUAGAUCCAUAAAUCCCUUUACAAAUCACAAACAUGCACACACACACACCCACACACACACACACACGGUCAGUCUUUUACUUUGAAGCUAUUUACUGUUGUUACUUUUGAAAUCUAAUUUACUUGCAUUGUGUUGUUGUUGUUGCCUGGGUUCAUUAUGAAUAUGAAUAUGAAUUUAAAUAUGAAUAUGCACACACUCUCUCUCUCUCUCUCUCUCUCUCUCUCUCUCUCUCUCUCUCUCGCUCUCUCACACACACACACACACACACACACACACGUUCACGUGCAUAUAAACACUACAAUCUACUGCAAAGUUUUACAUGCUCUUGCACACUCCUACAGUACAAGCUCACUGUACAUGCUCAGACAACCAAACACACACACACACACACACACAGACACACACACACACACACACACUGCUUCUCACCCCGGCACCUGUACACUUUUGGACUGUGGGUGCUGGGUGCAGAGGCUUGUAUAUAGCCUGUGUUGAGUGGCUGUAUUGUGCUGGUGUUGUCUGCUAUUAAAGGAGCAUUGUGGCGCAUGGACAAACACCCUACCUGUGUUAUUGCUGUCCUUAUUGUGGACCAGUUAGGGCCAAAUCCCCUUUGUGCAAUACCCUGACUAUCUAUAUAUAUUUUAUGGUUUGUUUGUUCAUGUGUUUUUUUCUUCCUCAAAAUGUGUUUUUAAAAAUUUUUUGUUGGAUUAUAGUAUGACUGAAGUAUUCACUCACUCUCUCUGUCCUUUGUGUAUAAAGUGAAUGUUGAGCUUACGAGUUACAGGCUAUCGAACUAAUUAUGUCGAGCAGAGUGUUACAGACGGCCUGUGUAGCAGUGGAAAGCCCGGUUUCCAGCUAUUUCAUCCAUCUGUUAGAGAUUUUGUCUGCCCUGUUCAUGUGAAUGUGGGCGUUUAUUAUUAUUAUUAUUAUUGUUGUUAUUAUUAUUAUUAUUGUGAAUGUACAUUUUAAUGCGUGCGAAUGUGUGAAUUAUUUUUUUCUUCUCUGUCAUGUGUGACUUUUUGUUUUCAGCAUUUCCAUAGCUACCAUCAGUGUUUUCCCUCUUCCUGCACUCUCUUUCAAAGCACCAAUUCCCCUUUCCACCUCCAGCAGCUCUUUCAGCCAAAACCACAUGCUUAUUUUCUGACUUUUGCUUUUUUUUUCAAGAAUGGCUUUUCUUUCUUAUUGCUCUCUCUUUCUCUCUUUUUUAUUCUAAUUCUAACUAUUAUUAUUGUAAAGUGUAUCUGGAGGAAUUCUUUGUGCAUAAUACUAUAACUAUACUAUUAUAGAUCUGUUACAGCCGGGUUGAUAAGACGUGUAGAGAGCCAGCAGCUGAAUUACCUCUGACUUCAAACACACACCAAACAACGCAUACACUCUCCUUUGCCACCUCCCCCUUUUUCUCACUCUCUAUCGUGCAAACACACACACACACACACAGAAGGACUGUUGCGUACUGUACAGUGAUCUGAAGACGAGCUGGUUGCUCUCUGUGCAGUAGAGUUGAUGUUUAGUGAAGCUUUGUGCACCCAGGGGUAGGGCUGUUCCUGGUCACACUAUCUUACUCUGUGCCAAAAUGUAGUGCAACAGCCGGGCUAGUCCUGUCUGGUCUCAUUCCAAUAAAACACUGAGCUGUCUACAUCA